UCGGCCCCGGCAAGAUGGCGGCCCCCUUGGAGCUCAGCUGCUGGGGAGGUGGCUGGGGGCUCCCUUCGGUGCACAGCGAGUCCCUGGUGGUGAUGGCGUAUGCCAAGUUUUCGGGCGCACCCUUGAAAGUCAAUGUCAUAGAUAACACCUGGAGAGGUCCAAGAGGUGAUGUACCAAUUUUGACGACUGAAGACGGCAUUGUUUCUCAGCCUGCAAAAAUACUAAACUUCUUAAGAAAACAGAAAUACAAUGCUGACUGUGAACUCUCAGCAAAACAAGGGGCAGACACCCUGGCUUACAUCGCCCUCCUAGAAGAGAAGCUUCUCCCUGCCGUGCUUCACACUUUCUGGGUUGAGAAUGACAAUUACUUUACUGUGACAAAGCCAUGGUUUGCCUCCCGUAUUCCUUUCCCUCUGAGUUUAAUCCUGCCCGGAAGGAUGUCUAGAGGCGCACUGAAUAGGAUCCUCUUGACACGGGGAGAGCCGCCCCUCUACCACAUCCAGGAAGUGGAAGCUCAGAUAUACAGAGAUGCCAAGGAGUGCCUCAACCUCCUGUCAAACAGAUUGGGAACAUCUCAGUUCUUCUUUGGUGACACGCCUUCCACCUUGGACGCCUAUGUGUUUGGUUUCCUCGCACCUCUUUAUAAAGUGCGUUUUCCCAAGGUUCACUUACAAGAGCAUCUGAAACAGCUCUCCAAUCUGUGCCGCCUGUGUGACGACAUCCUGGGCAGCUACUUCAGACAUGGGCCCAUGGGCAUCUCUCCAGCUGGACCAGAAAUGAUAGACGUGAACCUGCGGAAACUCACACAACUUGUAAAUAAGGAAUCCAACUUAAUUGAAAAGGUCGCGUUCCUUCAUCAUUGCUUUCCGGGUGGGACUGUGCCUGUUCUUCAGUGUGAGGGGAAGAUUAGCAGAGCACAUUUAGAGAUGGAUGACAAUCUCCGCCAGAGCCCUCAGCUUCUUCCUCGGAAGCUGCCAACGCUCAAGCUGACUCCAGCAGAAGAGGAGAAUAAUUCCUUACAGCGGCUGUCACCCUGACAGUCACAGCCUGUUGCAGCCAAAGUCUUAGGAUUGUUUGCAGUAGUCACUUAUACUGAGUGCACGGAGACCAAAAGAAAACUGCUGUAAUAGGUCUAAGGAAGACUGUGAAACAGAAGGAGCUGAACGUGACUUUCUUUUUAAACUAGGGAAGCUUUUAUUUCAUCUUGGCAGUGCAUUUUGAAUGCUAAGCAAGCG